AUGGAGUCCGAACUCAAAGACCUCAAUUCCAAACCAGCAAAGCCCGUCGCCGACGACGGCUCCGGCAAGCCGGCCCACGACGAUGCCUCAGGCAAGGAUGAUCGCCCGCUCCUUAAACCUGACCCGGCCCCACAAGUCUCCAGCGAGGAGCUCCAGGAGCUGGAGAAGAAGUGCGCUGCGUACGUACGGCGCGAUGCGUACGGCACCAUGGGACGAGGCGAGUUGACGGUGAAGGAGAAGGUGUUGCUUGGGCUUGCCCUGGUGACUCUGGUCCCGAUACGCGUGGUGCUGGCCAUGACCAUCUUGGUAAUCUAUUACUUGAUUUGUCGGAUUUGCACGCUCUUCUCCGUCCCGAAUCGCGACGAGGAGCAGGAGGAUUACGCGCACAUGGGCGGUUGGAGGAGGGCCGUGAUUGUCCAGUGCGGCCGCUCCUUAUCCAGACUUAUGCUCUUCAUCCUCGGCUUCUAUUGGAUCAACGAGACCUAUCGGAUACCGUCAGAUGCUCAACCCAAGCCCACCACCGACUGCAAAGAUGAGAGCGAAGAAGAAGGGACUGAAAGGCCUGGGGCUAUUAUAUCCAAUCACGUUUCGUAUUUGGAUAUCCUCUAUCACAUGUCUUCUUCCUUUCCGAGCUUCGUUGCUAAGAGAUCGGUGGCUAAACUUCCUCUGGUUGGCCUCAUCAGCAAGUGCCUCGGUUGUGUCUAUGUUCAGCGGGAGUCAAAGUCAUCUGACUUCAAGGGUGUUUCAGGCGUUGUGACUGAAAGAGUUAAAGAGGCACAUCAGAGUAAUUCUGCCCCACCAAUGAUGCUUUUCCCAGAGGGCACUACUACAAAUGGAGACUUUCUUCUGCCAUUCAAGACAGGAGCAUUUCUAGCAAAAGCUCCAGUGCUUCCAGUUAUUCUUAGGUAUCCUUACGAGAGAUUUAGUCCUGCAUGGGACUCAAUAUCUGGGGUGCGCCAUGUGAUAUUUCUUUUCUGUCAAUUUGUGAAUCACAUAGAGGUCACAAGGUUACCUGUUUAUUACCCCUCACAGCAAGAAAAGGAUGACCCAAAACUCUAUGCGACCAAUGUCAGAAGGUUGAUGGCCAGUGAGGGUAAAAUGACUCAAUCAGAUAUUGGACUUGCUGAGAAGCGUGUAUAUCAUGCUGCUCUUAAUGGUAAUAAUAGCCGUCCUAGUGUUUUGCAUCAGAAAGACGAUUGA